CACCAACGCCUUCGCGCCGUGUCGCCGGAGUCCAAUCCCAGCUCACCGGAACCCAGGGGGAAACACAAUUGUGCGGUGAAAUUUACACCACAAGAUGACGGAUCCGGUCGUUUUGCAGUCGGCAGUGCGAGUGCCUACUCCUCCACCGGGCGCCUCGUACUCUCCCCAGCCUUCGGCAUCUCGAAAACGCUCUCCGCCCUCUCGCUCCCCUUCGCCGAACCGUCGCCGGUCGCCGCCGGGUGAUUCCGUCCAGGAGGAUGGAGAUGCGCCCCGUAUCGAUCCGGAGCGUGCCAUAGAGAGAGAGCGCCAACUUGCGGAACGAGUGCGCCAGCAUGAAAAGCAAGAGGCGGCACGGAAGCCGAUGACGGAGGAAGAGAAGCAGGCAUCGGCCAAAGCAGAAUAUGAGAAGCUCACGAACAUGCGCUCGGGUGGUACCUACAUCCCCCCGGCUCGAUUGCGCGCGCUGCAGGCGCAGAUCACGGACAAAAACAGCAAGGAAUACCAGCGUAUGGCAUGGGAGGCUCUGAAAAAGUCGAUCAAUGGUCUGAUCAACAAGGUCAACGUGUCGAAUAUCAAGUUUAUCGUGCCAGAGCUGUUCGGAGAGAAUCUGGUGCGCGGUCGGGGUCUAUUCUGCAGAAGCAUCAUGAAGGCCCAGGCGGCAAGUUUGCCGUUCACCCCAAUUUACGCGGCCAUGGCGGCCAUCGUCAACACGAAAUUGCCCCAGGUGGGUGAGUUGCUGCUCAAUCGUCUGAUCGUGCAGUUCCGCAAGGCAUUCAAGAGAAACGACAAGGCGGUCUGCAUAUCCUCGACGACGUUCAUCGCGCAUCUAUGCAACCAACAGGUUGCGCACGAGAUGCUGGCGGCUCAGAUCCUUCUGCUGCUGCUUCACAAGCCCACGGACGACAGUGUGGAAAUUGCCGUCGGACUUACCCGGGAGGUGGGACAACAUCUGGAGGAGAUGAGCAGCCCUAUCGCCCUGGCCGUGUUUGAUCAAUUCCGCAAUAUUCUGCACGAGGCCGACAUCGAUAAGCGAGUGCAGUACAUGAUCGAGGUUCUGUUCCAGGUCCGCAAGGAUCGGUACAAGGACAACCCGUCUGUCAAAGACGAGCUUGAUCUGGUUGAGGAGGAAGACCAAAUCACGCACCGCGUGGGCCUUGACGACGAGAUCGAGACCCAGGACAGCCUCAACAUCUUCAAAUACGAUGAGCAGUGGGAGGAACACGAAGAUGCGUACAAAAGUCUCAAGGCAGAAAUUCUUGGAGAAGGCAGUGACGAGGAGGACGAGGACGAUUCCGACGAGAGCUCCGACGACGAAUCAGACGAAGACCAGAAGAUGGAUAUCAAAGACCAGAGCAACACCAACCUGGUCAACCUGCGACGAACGAUCUACUUGACCAUCAUGUCCAGUAUCGAUUUCGAAGAAUGCUGUCACAAAUUGAUGAAGAUCUCGUUGCCGCCCGGCCUGGAGCCGGAACUCCCGUCCAUGAUCAUCGAAUGUUGCUCGCAAGAAAGAACUUACUCCAAAUUCUACGGCCUCAUCGGUGAGCGAUUCUCGAAGAUCAACCGCCUGUGGUCCGACCUCUUCGAAGCCGCGUUCGCCAAGUACUACGACACCAUCCAUCGCUACGAAACCAACCGGUUGCGCAACAUUGCGCGUUUCUUCGGCCACAUGCUUAGCAACGACGCCAUCGGCUGGCAUGUUAUGUCGAUCAUCCACUUGAACGAGGAGGAGACGACGUCGAGCAGCCGUAUCUUUAUCAAGAUUCUCUUCCAGGAUCUCGGGGAGCACCUGGGCAUGCCGAAGUUGCACGAACGCAUGCGAGACGAAAUCCUGCGUCCCAGUUUCGAGGGUCUGUUCCCGCUGGACAACCCGCGCAACACCCGCUUCUCCAUCAACUACUUCACCAGUAUCGGUUUCGGUCUGUUGACGGAGGACAUGCGCGAAUAUCUGAAGAACCUUCCCAAACCCACCGUUCCUGCUCUCCCUGCGCGCGCCGCCAGCCCCGGAUCGGACUCGGGCUCUGCCCGCUCUCACUCCACCUGUUCCACCUGCACCGGCCGUUCGCGCUCGCGCUCGCGCUCUUAUUCCUACUCCCGCUCCCCUUCGCGCACCCGGGGCCGUGGGCGCUCGGUCAGCCGAGGACGAUCUUACAGCCGCUCCGUCUCGGGCUCCUCGCGCCGGAGCUACAGCUACACCCCGUCGCGGUCCAGAUCCCCCGUGUCGAAAAGCCGCCGACGCUCCGUCUCGGACAGUCGCUCUCGCACGCCACCCCGACGCAAUCGCGCUCGAUCCUACGAUUCCCGCUCAUCUCGGAGUGCGAGCCCAUAUCCGCCGCGCCGGUCGCCGUCUCGCUCGGUCUCGCCCCCUCGCAUCCGCGGCUGCAAAGGCCGAAGCCCCUCGAGGUCCGCCUCGCGGUCUCUCUCCCCGCCCCGACGCAAUCGAGGAGGCAGACGCUACUCAUCGGUAUCGCGAUCGCCUCCGCCGGCUAGUAAACGCCGAGUCGCCAGCCCGUCUGCGUCGCGUUCGCCGCCCGCUCGCCGACCCCGGAAGGACUCGGUGUCCCGCUCUCGCUCUCCUCCGCCUCGGCAUGGACGGGGAGGCAGAAGAUACUCAGACUCGCGGUCUCCGUCCGCAUCUCGCUCGCCUCCGCGUCGAAGCAACAAAAACCGAUCCCGCAGCCCGCCCCGUCGGCCUCGUGCCGCCGAUUAUGCCUAGACUCGGCCGCGCAAAGAUGAUGAAGAGCGGCCGGUCGUUAGGUCUUGAUGAUUAGAAAGUUCAGUUUAAUUCCGUUUUGUGGAAAGGAAAGGUCGAUUGGGUUUGGGGCUUGGGGUUCUUUUUCUUUUUUUUUUUUUGUUU